AUGUCGAAACCUACAGAACCUGUGGCUACAGAUGAUGAAGAGAAAGAACUCCCCCCAUACAAGAAAAUGUCCUAUACCGACGCGGUAGUAGGCCAUGAACUCCACAACUUCUUUGGUGGUAAAGUUAUCGAACACACCACUGCGGCCGGUGAGGUCCUGGCACUCAAAGUGAAGACGAGGUCGGGCUUGCACUGCUCCGAGGCCGACUUGAUGCAUUAUGCUGCCACGCACGGUGUGCUCGCCCCAAAAGUUCGCGGUGUCUACGAUGUCCAAACGAAGCCCAGGGCGAGGGUCAUGGUCAGCGACCGUCUGCCUGGUUUGCCUCUUGCUCACAUUUGGGAGACAGCUACACAGUCCGAAAGGGACAGUUACAAAGACCAACUCCGAACUCAACUCAGGCGAAUGCGCGAGUGUACGCAGCCAUUUAUCGGUCGCGUGGCAAGGUCAGGGGAACGGCAACAGACUUACAACAUCUACGAUCACCUCCUUACGACAUACUGUGGGCCGUUCGAGACGGAAAAGGAAUUUGACGAUUGGUGCCUGGCCCGCGUGCUUCCGAGAGUCGGCCUUCUUUCGCGGCACAAAUGGAAACGGUUCAUCGAGCGGGACCGACGUGAUGCUCCUCAGAGAUUCGUCUUGACGCACGGCGACCUGACGGCGCGGAAUAUCAUGGCGCACGAAGGUGUCAUCACGGGCAUUGUUGACUGGGAGAGGGGCGGUUUCUUCCCUGAAUAUGCCGAGUAUGCCUUUGCCGUGGCACUAGGCCAUAACAUUGAAGAGUGGUGGGUUCCGGAGUUGAAGGAAAUCCUACAACCUUGCUCCAAGGACAGAGUCAAGUUCACGAGCCUAGUAGAGCAGAAAGGGUGGUAG